AUGGAUGUUGAUGCUGAGGGCACUAUUGCGCAGUUGAAAGGCAAAGGCAAGCCGAGGGGCAAAGGCAAGGAUGCAGGCAAGCAUGGCAAAGGCAAGAAUGACAAGGGCAAGGGCAGAGGCGGUGGCAAUAUGUCUGUCGCUGUGGAAGAUGCUCAUCCACCAGCCAAUUCUUCUGCCGAUUCUCCUGCGACUGCGGCAAGUGCUAACUCCCCUGCAAAAUCCGUCAAGAGCAUUCGGAUCGACCUGUCAGGUGACCUUGCGGGAGCUGUGAGUGGGUUCGUGUCCCGAGUUGUGCUGUGCGGCUGUGCGGUGUACAACAUGAGUGCCAGCGAUCACGACGGCAGAUGGACGCUGGUCCCAGGUCCAGAACCGGAUCCGGAGGUUCAUGUGCCCCUUGAUGGCCGUGUGUGGGCAGUCAACAGUCCCAGAGGGCUAGUUGAUGCAUCAGGGAACGCGAUGCAUACUCGCGGUGUUCGACAUGUGCUGUGUGGGCGGGCCAUCAGCGAUCCCCUCGAAGAGCCCGGUGUUGUGCAAGUUUCCGGUUUGCUUGAUCGGCACAUUGACUUAGGGCUGUACGCGCCUCACGAGGGCUCGGCCUACCGCACCACCUUGCUGCGCCAGGGUGCUGAUUGGGUGUUGUUGGAGCUGAGUGAGCCGCUAGCCUCGCUGGAGACGCCCAACGAGUUGCUUCAUCCUUCUGGAGAGCAGUUUGAUUUGAUCGUGUUCGGUCAUCGCGAGAAGAUUGGCGCUGAGGAGCUUGGAUUCACGAUGCAAGAGUCGCCUGCCGGCCUUGGCGACAUGGAACUUUCGCCCCCAGGCCCCCAGGUGACCGCCCUGAUGAUGCACUGGCUGAGGGUGCAAACCCAGGUGAGCCUGAAGAUGCAUUGGCUGAGGUUGCAAGCCCAGGUGAGCCCAUGCAAUCAGUCAAGUGCAAAUCCACCAGGAUCCGCCCAGGCAGAUGCCGUCAUGAUGGAAGCUCUAGCGGAUGAGCCGUCAGCAUUGCCCGAGUCUAUCACCAUCAAUGAUGUCGUGUUGACGCCGACGACCACUCUCUCUACCUUGAGAGCUGCGUGCACUUCUUUGGGUGUUGGCAAAGUGGGUCGCGUGCUACUGUGUUUCGGCGGCUGGCUGAUAGACUGA